AGACUUGCCUCCAGUGCUUGGUAUUCCCUCUCUCUGUUGUAGACUCCCCCUCUGCAACCCUCCUCCUCCUUCUCCACCGCUCCAGCUAACCUCUCUCCACCUCCCACAGGCAGCCUUGCACUCGGUGGCAGGCAGACUGAGCUUGGAUCAACUCAGACCAAUAGUUGUUCCUCUUUGAUAUGCUGGAACUCUGACUGAUUUGCUGUUAGUUUCAGAUUAGCUAAGCCUAGGGUUCUCUUUUAUCAGGUUUUACAGGAACUGAUCUGUGGUCAGUUUUAAAUCAGCUUGGCUUUGUGCUUUCUCUCAGCUGCAACCCCUUGGAAAUCUGAUCUGGAAACAGUGUUUUUUUCCCCUCACGUUAUUCCUCCGGUAGGGGAUUCAGAAGAUAUCUGAGGCCACAGCGUAUGGUCUUGCGCCACCAAGGCGGGCACCAUGGUUGAAAGCCUGGACUUUGAGAAGGUGGAGAAGAGGUACUGCAUCCGACAAAAACACGUGGCCCUCAUCUGUGCUGUGGUGGUGGUGUCAGCUGUAGCUGUGGGGCUGGGGGUGGGCCUCACACAGCCCGACAGUACCCCGGCUGACCCGGCCCCCACCGAGGGACCCCCCAAGCCCACCUCCACCCCCCCAACAGCUGACAGGGGGCCUUGCAAGCCCUCCAACAACACUGACGGGGACUGGAAGAAUUUCCGGCUGCCAGACUAUGUGAAGCCAGUGCACUAUGACCUCCACCUGGAGCCUGACCUGACCACUGACCUCUACAUGGGGAGCGUGUCCGUGCACCUGGAGGUAAGCCGACCCACGAGGCACCUGUGGCUCCACAUCCGGGAGACGUUCGUCAGCGCAGUCCCCAGGCUUGUCCUGAAAACCCCACAGGUUCAGAGGGACGUGACUGUGGCCAUCAAGGGUUGCUUUGAGUUCAAACUGCAGGAGUAUGUGGUAGUGGAGGCGGUGGAGGAGCUUGCGGCCACCAAGCCCAAUGAGGUGUAUGUUCUCACCCUGGACUUCCAGGGCUGGCUCAACGGAUCUCUGGUGGGCUUCUACAGAGUCACCUACACAGAGAAUGGGGCCACCAAGUAAGUCCUUUGAGGCAUGCAUUUGUGGUUCUAGAUUGGGUGUAUUUCAGUAUGUUUUUGUGUGUCUCUAUGCAUGUAUGCAUUUUGGUACACCAGAAGUACAUUCAGUUCCAAUGGAACGCUGCAUUUGACUUGCAGCAUUGCGUUGCAGAGGCAGUUGCAGUGCGUUCUGUGUUCUGCAUACGUUGGAUAUAUAUCCAACGUAUGCAUCAAAUUGUAUUCAUAUACUUGACAGAAAUAGUAGCAAAAGGUGAAUGUUGAACUUUUGUUGCACACAUAUAGUGUGAGUGUGUGCAUCUGUGCUUGUUUGUGUGUGUAUGCGUCUGUGCAUGCGUGUGUGCGUGUGCACAUGAGGCCCAGCAGCUCACUGGAAAAUAAUGUUAUGAAUGUUCGACAUUAUACCCUGAUGAAGACAGCUUGUCUGUCGAAACGUUGGCUAUUAGGUCAUUCAAUUAUUGCAUCUGCGCUCCUAGAGUGUUCGGCUCUCCUUUUAUUUUUCAAGUGUUCUACUCCGUUAGCCAACACCUCGCCUAAAUAGGUGUGCGUUUCUUUCGCCUCCAUAUGAAUGUUAGACAGAAAUAGUGGUUAAGACCGUUGGGCCAGUAACCAAAAGGUUGCUGAUUCGAAUCCCUGAGCCGGCAAGGUGUAAAAAUCUGUCGUUCUGCCCUUGAGCAAGGCAGUUAACCCCCAACAACAACUGCUCCCCGGGUGCUGAUGAUGUGGACAUCGAUGAAGGAAGCCCCCCGCACCUCUCUGAUUCAGAGGGAUUGGGUUAAAUGCGGAAAACACAUUUCGGUUGAAUGCAUUCAGUUGCACAACUGACUAGGUAUCCCCUUCCCUAGACAGAAAUAUUGUUCACUCUAGUAACUACUACUACUGCUGCUGCUACUAUGACUACUACUAGUUGUAGUAUGACAACGUGCAGGUUCUGAUGGGAUUGGCUCUGUCCCUCAUUGGGGAUUUCUAGCUUGGCAGAUACACAUGCUCUGCCAGUAUUGUAGUCCCCUGUAGCUCAGUUGGUAGAGCAUGGCGCUUGCAACGCCAGGGUUGUGGGUUCGUUUCCCACGGGGGGCCAGUAUGAAAAUGUAUGCACUCGCUAACUGUAAGUCGCUCUGGAUAAGAGUGUCUGCUAAAUGACUAAAAUGUAAAUGUAUUGCAAGUCCAUUCUUGGAACAGGACAAGAAAGGGCAACUAUUUAGACUAGUUUAGUAUGCAAAAUACCAUCUGUUAGUACUUUAUAUCACACUACAGAGAUUCUCCAAACAGGGGUGUAAUGGGAUGAAACCACUGAGGGAAAAAUAAACCCAGGGAGUGCAUUGAUUCUUAUCACUAAUAGGACCAUGGUUGAACCUCUGUUAGGUAAGAGUGUAUCUGAAAUGCCACAAGUCCAUUUUUACCCGUCACAGUACGUUAUCUGUUAAGUUGCUGUUAUUCAAAGUUAAAAUGAUAGUGUUGAUGAUGUAGUGUAGUUUUUAGUGUGUCAAUAAGUAUGACUUGAAAGGUGGACAGGUGUAGGGAGCUACUUGCAGUAUUGGCCAUGAAGUGUCCAUUUUCUCUUUGCUCAAGCACAUUUAGCAGCCACAUAACAGUAAACAUUUCUGGUAAGCAACAGUUUAAUAAAACGUCAUAUAAAGGGAUGACAUAGUCAUGCCAUGUUUAUUUUUCUCCCAAGAAAAAUUGCUGCCACUGACCAUGAGCCGACAGACGCCCGCAAAUCUUUCCCCUGUUUUGAUGAGCCAAACCAAAAGGCCACCUACAAGAUUUCCAUCACCCACGACAAGGACUAUGGAGCCCUCUCCAAUAUGCCAGUGGAGGUACAGUCUAUGCAAGAAAAUAAAUUGCAACACAUAAGUAUUCAUAGUAACAAAUUAUAUAACAUACUAAAUAAAUGCAUAUAAUGUAUGCACAAUGUAUCACAAAACAGGUGGCGCAUAGUGUUACUGGUUAGUUUACUUGAAGCUGCAUUGGGAGUCACAGAGAGAGUGAGGAGAGUGAGUGCCAUGAAUGCAAAAGCAGGAGCCAUCAAUCUUCUGCUCCGGGUCCUUGGGGCUGAGAACACAACCAUAAGAGAGGCUGACUGACAUCUUUAUUAAACCAUAGACCUUCUUCCUUUCCAGGGCGCCCCAGAGCUGCUUCCUGACAAUAAGAUCAAAACGUCCUUCCAGAGGUCCGUUCCAAUGAGUACCUAUUUGGUAUGUUUUGCUGUGCACCAGUUUAAGUUUGUGGAAAGGAAAUCGUCUAGAGGAAUUCCUGUAAGUACUUGCAAUUUUUCUCAGCAGUCAUUUUCACUGGUCCCUCCUCCACCUUAAACUAAGAAAAUAUUUACUCUUUAACUGUUGAAAGUCAUAUUUUAUAGUCUACAGAGUAUAUUGAGAGUAAAUAUUGUAACACUUUAUUUAAAGCCUGUCCAGUUCAAAGUUUUAAAUGGUGUAAAAGCUAAGUUAAAAGUUUAUUUAACUUUGGUCUCCAAUCUGUAUCACAGCUGUUGGUCUUUUGUGUUGAGAUUUCAGCAGUUAGUGACAUUUUACAAUGUAAAUGUUUUGGAGAAAAUCGAAAGAAUUAUAAAUAUUGCGUUGAUUAAAUGUAAACGCAUGCAUGUAUGCACAGAGGCAUGCUUGCACAUACUGUAGUGUAUACACACUCCCAUAACUUACCUCAAUAACUCUGCUUUUAAAUCAUUUUCUUCCAGUUGCGAAUCUAUGCACAGCCUGCACAAAUUGCGACAGCAGAGUAUGCUGCUAACACAACCAAGGUCAUUUUUGACUACUUUGAGGAAUAUUUCAACAUGACAUACUCCAUCCCAAAGCUAGGUAAUUUCAGAUCUCCUCUGUUUGUUAACUGUUGUAACUACUUUGGGAGGCCGCACUGGAUACAAUGAACUCAUGAUGCCUUAUACACACAUGCUUGCAAUUUGUUUGUUUUUUUCUCAGAUAAGAUUGCCAUUCCUGACUUUGGCACAGGGGCCAUGGAGAACUGGGGUCUGAUCACCUACAGGGAGACCAACCUCCUCUAUGAUGAGAACCAGUCGUCAUCGUAUAACAAACAAAGUGUGGCUAGCGUCAUCGCUCAUGAGCUGGUCCACCAGGUGAGAAAGUUCAAGAGUUAUUCAUUAGUCAUGUUAUAGUGGAAAACAUCUUAUAGUGGAAAAUGAAAAAUCAUAUUUAAUAGUCAUAGUCAUAGAGCUCAAUCACCCAAAAAUUAUAUUAUGGUAUUGUGGCGAUUUUAGCAUGUACAUUUUGGUCAGGCAAACAAUGUUUUAAUGCAUGCCAGCAAAGCCACUACACAACACAACACUAAGCAAUACAUUAAUUGCACUAUAACGGUGACAGAAAAACUAAAAACGAACCUCGCAAAAUCAACUGGAAUACAUUGGUCUAUUACUGAACUAUUUGUAUGAAAACAAAUAUUUGAAUGGGAAGAGACUGCCACUGGCAAACAUGGUUACAGACCCAACAACAUUAUAUAGUAUCCUCUCCUCGUGUAGAAAAGCACGAGCUAAUUUAUGCAGCAGCAAACAAGACAUUUUUGGACUCACCGUUGUUAUCAAAGGUGCUUUCAACACAUGCCGUCAGUGAUCUUCAGGUCGGAGCUCUAGAAAGAGUCCAGAGUUCCCGGUUUGGAAUUCAGAGUUGGAAACGUAUUUUCCCAGUCGGAGCUCGUUUUUUUCAGAGUUCCCAGUUGUCUUGAACUCACUGAAGUCUGAGAUUUCCCAGUUCCGAGUUUCCAGUUGUUUUGAACGCAGCAGAGGUCAUGCUGGAUUGACAGCAUGACCAAUGUAUUCAACCUUUUCUGGCCCAUGGUGUUGUGAUUGAAUGUUUAUCCUUUUAAGCUUGGAAAAGAGACCAUUUCAGAUAGAUGUUUUAAAUCCUUAAACCCAGACUUGGACCACACACCCUCUCCACCGAAUAGCAGACAGGCAAAGCAAAAUAGUGAUUGCUUUGCAACGCUUGCAGUUAGCCACUGAUUCCUUCCAAACCACUCAUUGUUGAAUUUGCGAUUUCCGACUUGUUGUGUAAUGUUUAUGUCCAAUGGCCAAUGAGCACCGAUACCUUUUAUCUAUAAUUUGUUGACGUGAUUCAUGAUGAUGACUGCUUGUCUAGCUUGCUAGCUAAGAUUUAGAAAGUAACAUUAUCAGUCCAAUCAAAGCUACGGUAGAUAUAACGUGAUUUGACAUCAUUUUAUCUGUGGCCAAUGACCUUGAUCCUUCUUGGAUGGGCACUUCUAAUGUAAAUCUAUGGCAGCACCCAAGGGGGCUUGAACUGCCUAGCUCUCCCUGUAGAUUAUGUGGUGACGUAGUGUCCCCAUGAGUGACAGAACACUGAGCCAAUCACGGCAGAACUAGAGAAGAUUACCAACCCAUAUGCUUGGUAUUUUCCGCUGGCUGCUCCACCACCACAGAAAGCACUGAGCUAGGCUGAAACAUUUUGGAGCUGCCUUACACAAGAAGUAGACUGUUUGUAUGCAGCUUUAUUAACUCAAUAAAACAUUUUUUUUACAUUGUUCACUAACUGAUAUGUGACAUGAAUUAAUGCCAAAAUAACAUGCAAAACAGAUAAAAAAAUAAAUAUAUAUUUAUACAUUUUUAGCUAAACAGUUGCCCCAUCUGCCCUGAAUGACGGGUCGCCACUGACGGUAUUGUGUCACAAUGAUGAAGCCUAAAUUAUGAGGGAAAAGUCAUGAGGGACACGUUAGCGGCAAAACUCAAAGUUUGCAAAAGAGAACAACCCUAUCUUUGUAUCAAUCAAUAGCUUGGAAUGGUUUGACAUUGACCAUGAAUUUGGUCAUGGGAACGAUAGUGUUCUGUUGACGUACGUCAGCCCUCCAGUUAUCCAUCAAGCCUUUUAUGAUGUGCAAUAAUAAGGCCUCUUUGUUCUUUUUUGGACAAUAAGAGGGUGAUGGCGCUGUCCAUAAAGUUUUAUGAACUGUCCAAAGUCACAGGACCGAGGGGCAAGUGCGAGCUGGGUGCUGUUUCCUUGUUUCCACAGCCUGUUUACAGGAAGGUGAAUAUCAGCACAGUUGCAACCACAUCCCAGAGUUACAACAAACAUGUUCACAAUGUGCAGUUCAGAUAGUGAUCCAGUCAUAAAUAAAUAAAACACUCCUGUAAUCCACCAGUAGCAAUAAAAAAAAGCAUGUAUAUCCACAGAAAAGCAUAAGAGUAUGUCAUAAGAAAAUUUGAAAAAGUGAAAGUAGCACUUGACUUUACUAGUAAAUACCUGGUAAAUACCCAUAGAAACGAUGUGGGUUUUAUAUGUUCAUAUUGUGUCUGUAACUUUGUUCUGUAUUUUAUGUUUUAUACUGUAUGCAGAGCUGUAGAGUGUUAAACUGCAUGCUAUGAUAUUUUGUGUGCAUGAAAAUAUUGUGUUGUCGGAGUUGGAGCUUUGCCUGGUGUGUGUGUGUUUUUCUGUUAGUUUGUGUCCUUGGCUCACCUGCUAUUUAUGUGUCCAACUAUCCUUGAGUCCCACUGUUGGCUGGAGUAUCCAGAACACACAUGCACUCACACACACAUGCACACACGCCCACUCACCCAUACAGACUUGUUUGGAAAUAAAGUCAGCUGUAAGAUAACUUUGCAUGUUGUAUUUUCCUGCAGUGGUUUGGGAACAUUGUGACCAUGGAUUGGUGGGAUGACCUUUGGCUAAAUGAGGGCUUUGCCAGUUUCUUUGAGUACAUCGGUGUGGAGAAGGCUGAGCCCCUCUGGGGAAUGGUGAGUCCAUCUGACAGAUCCUGAAUUGAGUGAUUUGAAAUGGAAUUGCUUUAACCCCAACUCUGGUUAUGAAUACAUUCUAAAUCUACUUCGGUUCUGUCUUUACCAGCGUGACAUCAUGAUCAUCAGUGAUGUACUUCCUGUCAUGGUCGACGAUGCUCUCGUCACCUCCCAUCCAAUCAUUGUGGAUGUAUCAACUCCGGCUCAGAUUACCUCUGUGUUUGAUAGUAUAUCCUACAGCAAGGUCAUCUUAAACUGUGCCCCUUUUCCCCCUACUACAUGGGAUGAAAUAAAAUAUAAUGAAAUAAAAUGUGUCUUUAAAUUCAUUCCAAACAUCUUCCUGUAGGGGGCAUCAAUUCUCAGGAUGGUGGAGGACUGGUUGGGCCGAGACAACUUCAGGGAUGGCUGUCGGGUAAGAGUCCAUUUAAUUUGACGUAAAGUAGAUAGAAGCAUCCCUACACCAAGUCUCUUGAUUUCUAUUCAGUCAAUAGCAGAAUAAUUUGUUAAUAGCGAGUGUUAGGGAGAUGCAAUCCCUUCCCUGUUGAAUGGAAAUUAUGAUUACUGUCAGACACUUUACCAUGGUAAUACUUUACUUUAUAAUUUGAAAGGGUCAUAGCAAUAUAUAGCCUAAAUUGUAUUUAUCAUUACAUCUAUGGAUGGCCACAUUGGUACAUUUAUGGUAACCUGUUUUCCUCUCCCUUCAACAGAAAUACUUGAAAGAUUUCCACUUUCAGAAUGCCAAAACAGCCAACUUUUGGGCAUCCCUUGCUAAUGUAUGUUUGUCAUAACUAAUUUGGUCAUAGUAAUUUCAAAAUAUCUAAGUUGUUGAUAUUAUUGAUAAUAUUUCACUGCAUCUAACUUAGUAUUCUUAUGUGUAUGAUAAACACUAACAUUUUUGGUUUGCAGGUGAGUGGGUUGCCUGUAGCAGAUGUGAUGGACACAUGGACCACACAGAUGGGCUACCCAGUACUGGACCUGUCCACCAUCGGCACUCAGACCAAACUCACUCAGCGAAGAUUCCUGUUGGACCCCAAUGCUAACACCACCCAGCCACCCUCACCACUCAGGUCAGUGAUUCACCGCACUAUUAAAUCCCUUUGUGAUCAUUGGUUGAUUUCCCCAUGGAAUUCAGCUAAAUUUAUUAGGAGAAACCGGUAAAUCCUAAAAGGGCUAUGCUUUUAUUUUAGUUACAAGUGGAACAUCCCUGUUAAGUGGUACUCAGUGGAUAGUAAUAAGUCUAUUUCCAUCAUGUUCAACAAGUCCAGUCCAGGUAAAGAUACUUCUGACCAAAUCCUAGACUUGACCUUUUUAACAUUACAGUUCCAGACUCUGGUAACAUCAUGUAUUUAGUCAAAUUGAAGUCAUACAUGUUUGUGUGUCAUACAAAUAGAGCUAGUCUUAGCUGGCUAUUCCCCUGCUACGGAUGGACUCCUGAAGGUCAACAAUGACCACAUUGGAUUCUACAGAGUCAAUCACCCUGACAGCAUAUGGAGCACCAUUAGUCAACAACUCCAAACAAAUCACCAGGUAAUAUAAUUUAAACUGCUACUAUAGUAUCAGAUGUAAUAUUAAUAGUUUUAAUCUUACCAGUUCAUAGGUUAAACCUGUAGUAAUCGGCAUGACACUUUCUUUACUAGGAGUUAGACGCUGCUGACCGAUGCAGUUACAUUGAUGAUGUCUUUGCUCUGGGAAGGUAAAUAAACACUGCUGACAUUUACUUGAAGUACAUCUGUCAAUAUAAAACUGAAAUUAAACAUAAUGUAUUUUUCUUAUCGGCCUCAUCAGGGCAGACGUUGUCGAUUAUGGAAAUGCAUUCAACCUGACAAAAUACCUGACCAAUGAGACUGAGUACAUUGUCUGGAAACGUUUGUCUUCUUCCAUCGCCUAUGUGCAAGACAUGUUAUCAGAUGACACUGUUCUUUACCCCAAAUUCCAGGUGAGUCAGUUGUUGUUUUUUUACAGGUGAAUUCUGCCCUCUGCUGGCCAACUAGAACACACAUACACACACACACACACACACACACACACACAAAAUAAUAAUCUUGUGAGUUUGCUCACACAUUGGGUGUCACUUACUUUCCCUACAGAAAUUAUUCCGUGAGCAUGUGCAGACUAUCUCCAGGACACUGGGAUGGUACGAUGUGGGAAGCCAGAGAGAUAGGUAAGACUAGGAGAGACUGUCUACUGUAUUUGACAGAUCAUGGGUGUAUUUGCUGAAUAUUGAUCAUAAACGGUAUUGUCUAUAUUGGUUUUGUAUAGGCUGUUGCGUGAGACAGUCCUGGACAUUGCUUGUAAAAUGGGAGACCAGGAAGUGCUAAUUGAGGCAUCUGCUAUCUUUGACCAAUGGAUCGCAGGAACCAUCAGGUAAAUACAGUAUUAGUCUUGACUUUUGAAUAAAAUCACUAAAAUGACACAUUAUCUACUUACUAAUCCAUCUGCCGUACAUGGACAUAACUAACUACUUUAUUAGCAUUCCUAUUCCUAAAAUCCCGUUUAUCCCUCUAAAGCCCAAAUGGUAACAUGACCUUUGACCUCCAGCACUGUGGGGGUGAACCUGCGCUUGCUGGUGUAUCGCUAUGGCAUGAAGAACUCAGGCACCGGGGCGAAGUGGAAUGUAAUGUUUGAGAGGUACAAAACAGAGACCUUGGCCCAAGAGAAGGACAAGCUCCUGUAUGGAUUGGCAUCUGUGGAGAACGUCACUCUUCUGAAUAAGUAAAUAAAAAACAAUAAUUCUCUUCAUAUAUCAUUUUUACAAGCAUUAUUCAAAAUCACUGUUUAAUAUAAUCCAGUGAAAAGUUAUUACUAGAUCGAGAGUACAUUUAUUGGCGAAAGUGUGAUACUUUUUUUCUGGCAAUAUUUUAGUUUGUUCAGUUAGAUAUGGCUUAAGAGAAUGGUGCUGAAGAUAACGGUGUUGGGAUGUUUUACAGCUUACUGGAGGCAUGUAAAGAUGAGAGUAUUGUGAGGACUCAGGAUCUGUUCACUGUGGUCCGCUAUGUCUCUCUGAACCGCUACGGCAAGACCAUGGCCUGGGACUGGGUCAUCCUCAACUGGAACUACCUAGUGAACAGGUGAGCCCAUUCUCUGAGUCUGAAUGGAGAGUCACUGAGCCCAGAGUCAUUGAAGAGAUAGUGACUACAUGGAAUGCGAGGCUGUAAGUCAAUUGACUGAAUCAGCAGCAACUGAGCCUAGAGUUAAUGAGUCGCGAAUACUGUGACAGUUUCAAUUUCCUUUUGUUUUGUUACAGAUACACCAUCAAUGACAGGAACCUGGGACGCCUGCUAACCAGAAUCAGCACCACCUACAACACAGAGCUACAGCUGUGGCAGGUUAGGACAGUGCCCUUCUACUCAUAGAACUGGAAUAAUUCAAUCUAAUAUUAAACAACUUAAAAUCGAGACAAGCACUGGUGUGCUCGAAUUUAAGAUUGACUGAUCUAUGUGGAUUGUGCCUUUAGACUGUGGCUGUGUUUAUGACUGACUGUGUGGUUGUGUUUUAGAUGGAGCACUUUUUCAAGCUGAACCCUAAUGCCGGAGCUGGGGAGAUGCCUAGGCAGCAAGCUCUAGAAACAGUGAAGAACAACAUUGAGUGGGUCAGGAGGAACAAGGCAGAGAUCAGCUCAUGGCUGGAGAGCAACUUCACUUACUGAUGACAUCAGGUCAACACUAAAGUACUGUAAACCUAAUCCAAAUCACAAUCCUUCAUGCAGUUUCCACUCAUUCAUUCA